CAUUCAGUUUCAGUAGACACCAGCCGACCACAGCCAACACAGACUCAAGAUGCCUUUCAAGCCUCACUACCUGUUGGUGUCCCUGACUCUCUGCUGGUUCGUGGCUCUUCAAGCAUUCCCCAUGAACGGCUGUGCUGCAUGUCAGAAGUGUCGCUGCAUCCGGACGUCCUCUGCUUUCAUCUCUCCAAGGCUGUUCCACAGGAUAGAGAUCCUACCUCCAGGUGCCCACUGUCGUCAAACAGAGAUCAUCGUUACCAAGAAGGACAAAGCCACCGUCUGUGUGACUCCAGAUGCAAGAUGGAUCAACAAAGUCAUUGUCAAGUUACAAAGUACCAACAAGAAGAAGAGAAGUGCAGAACUUCCUCAUCUCAACCACCAUUGAGUGAAUUGGAACAGGAAUGUAUCAAGUUGGAGCUAAAUGGACAUAUGAUACCAAUGUGAUGCCAAUGUGACACCAAUGUGAUACCAAUGUGAUACCAAUGUGACACCAAUGUAAUACCAAUGUAAUACCAAUGUGAUACCAAUGUGAUACCAAUGUAAUACCAAUGUGACACCAAUGUAAUACCAAUGUGAUACCAAUGUGACACCAAUGUGAUACAAAUGUGACACCAAUGUGAUACCAAUGGAUUCUGUUCAAAUAUGAUUCUAAUACCAAGUGAAUUAGUUUAUCUUAAAUGAUUUCAGUAUGUAUUGAAUGUGAUUAUUUAAUGUUUUUUUUAAUCAUGUAUUGGGUCUACCCUCGAAAAAUAAACACAACCUAUACAACAUGUACAAAA